AGUUGCCAUCGAGAUCAAGAGAGAGUUGGAAGAGAUAAAGAUGGCAAAGGCACCACGUUUUAACAAAAAUGGAGUGAAGAAAGGUGCAUGGAGUGAAGAUGAAGACAAUAAGCUAAGAGCAUACAUCCAAAGAUAUGGCCACUGGAACUGGCGUUUACUUCCCCAGUUUGCUGGUUUAUCUAGAAGUGGCAAGAGUUGCAGGCUUCGAUGGAUGAAUUAUCUCCGCCCAAACAUAAAACAUGGAAAUUUUACAAAAGAAGAAGAAGAUAUCAUCCUCGAGUUACAUAACAAGCUUGGCAACAAAUGGUCAGAGAUGGCUGCGUAUUUGCCGGGAAGAAGUGACAACGAAAUAAAGAAUCGUUGGCACACCCAUUUGAAAAAACGAACCCAAAUAGGCCAAACAGUGUUAGAAUGUGAACACGUUGGGAACCAAGAACCGAAUCAUGUUAACACUAAAGAAAAUCCUAUCAAAAACUCAGAAUUAGAACUUCAGCACGACUUGGAAAUUCUAUUGACUGAAUCACCAUUGUCUUCUUCAAGUAGUAGUUUAUCGUCAUACUUGUUUAACGGAUCAGAUUCAGCAGCGACAACUGAAGUUACACCACAACUUGUUGAUUACAAACGGAAUUUUUGGACCGAGCCUUUUUCAUUGGACAUUGAUAGCAUCCUAUCAUCAAGUGAUGAUAACUUUUUUUCACCUUCUAAUUUAUUCUACCCCGGUUCUUCUGAAGAUAUGAUCAUGGAUGAGUUUUUAUGGUCAUCGUUGGAUUCAUAUAUCGAAUACAAUGACCCGUUCAUAAACUGA